AACGAAGCACAAACAAAAGUAAAAAAAACAUCGUACUGACGUCUGCAUGUCAUCCCCUUAGAUAUCAGUCAAAGACGAAUUUGAUUAUAUUCCACUGUCCUUAACAGAGAUAUUUAAUUUAUUCGGCACAAACAAACUGGGUCUUAAACUCCUUACCAGUCAGAUCCUGACUACUUAGAAUGUCGAUCUUAUACGUAAAAGCUUAUCAUGGUCUUUGUAGUAGCAAUAACAGUUUCUGUCACAAACCACAGUUCCUUCAUGGAUUGAGAGAUCGAGCUCAGAAAAUCGGUAUUCGAAUAGAUCUCGUACCAGUCCCUUUCGUCGACUACUGUAUGCUCGAAAUGUGUGGACAUGAAAUUUUCCGCUGUAAGCUUCAGAAUUUGAAGUUCAACACUCAAUUCACACGGGACGAGGUGUGCGAUAGGGCCAUCUACGCCAUCCUAUCGGCCUCCCUGAAGUUCCGGCGAGCGCGGGCUUGUCUAUGGUUCUGGACAGCGCUUGACCACCAGCUGUUUAGAAGAAGCAAGUAUGCGCCACAAGACUACUGGCCUGUUGACGUGGACUUUACAAUAAAAGAAAAAUGUGUUGAUUGUUCGAUUUGCUGCAAAGUGCCGCUAGAGAGUACGCCAGAUAAUACUAUGACGGAAAAAGAUAAAAUGGAAGAUCCCAUUUCUUUAAAGUCGGAAUCUUAUUCGCUAGACGAAGAUUUUAUAUAAUCGAAUAUUGUCUCCUCUACGGGUUGAUUAGUAAACUCAACUUUGAAUUAACUCUGUAGUUAUACUAGUGGAACUGACUUUCUUCUAUUUUGCAUUAUUAUUUUAUUGAGCUU